AUGGCCAUCUUUCACACACAGAUAAGCCACCUUCCACCUCUCACACCCCGUUUCAUGACAUUAUCAUUGCUGGUGAUUACUUCUUACACAGUUGUUCCCUUUGUGUAUCGAAAAACGACACCUACUCUGCAUGAAUUUGUCUUGAGCGAUGUACUCCAAAGUAUGUGGGUUUCGAAUGGCGUGCAUGGCGGAGUAGUCCAGUACGAUCUAUACAAACCGAGCAUCAAAAAAGGCGAAGUCCACAAAGAACAAAGGGGAUUUCUGAACAGUCCGCCACGAGUACUCCGAGAGGCUCUCAGUGCUCUACAAGCAGAGCAUGAAACCUCUUCAUUCACAAUCGAUGAUCAUCUGGACCAAUUAUCAAGGGACCCUACUACUUCAAUAAUUGAUCUCCUGUGGAAGAAGAAAUUGAUCGAGUUACACAAAGAUUAUGCCCUUUCACUCCCUUCGCCAAGUGAGUUCGAUGAAGAAUCUUUCAACGAAUUCAUGGCACUGAGCGGCAUGUAUCAUCGUCUAACUUUGGAACUUCACACGCCACGAAAGAACAGUGCAGAAAGGUACACAAAAGACCUCACCGGGACGAUUAGGCGCGCCAGAAGAAGUGAGGCUAAUGGGACCAACGAUAGCAGCACGUGGAUCCAAUUCUUCAAGGGGUACGCCCGAAGCUGUCGUGACGCCGCAGACGCGGCUCUUUCGGUUUACGAAUGCAGAACGCAGGCUAUGGAAACCUCUGGUACUUACCUCAGAAGGAUUGGCCAAUUUUCCGAUGAAUCGUGGCGGGAACAUGAAGCCCAAGCCGAACGAUACCAGAGAAAAUCCCAGGAUUGGCACAGAAAGCAUCUUGCAGCCAUUGAAUACAUUCGUGAGAGACAGCCCGCUGGCCUGCCGUGAAAAGCUAAUAGCUUGGUCCUUCUCAAUAGAGCUGAACUCGUACUACCUGC